AUGAUAUGCUCCAUCCUGGGCGCCGUGGCCACGGAGCCGGUGGUACUGCCGAAACUGGGGGCGAUAUUUGAGCGCAAGCACUUGGUCGACUACAUCAACGCCACUGGCACCGACCCGGUGUCGGGGGAGCCGUUGGCCAUCGAUGACAUCAUCGCCAUCGCCGUCGACCCUACGGUGCCGCCGCUCCCGCAAACGCUGAUCCCUCUGCUUCUCCUGGCGUUCCAGACUCAGUGGAACGCCACUGUGUUGGAGAUGUACUCGUUGCGCCGCCAGUUGGCCGACACUCGCAAACAGCUCAGCGAGCAGCUCUAUAAGAAUGAGCUGUAUAAACGGCUAUGUGUGGAGGCGAUGAACCGACGCGACGAGCUUGAGCAGGCGGUGAACCAGCUCACGGCGGCGAUGGCCGAAACUACGGGCGAUACCGAUACUCAGCGUAAACGGAGAAAAGUCGACACUAGAGAGACUAAAGACGGCACCGGAGAUAAACCAGAAAAUGGUACCAAUACAAACGAUAAAGUUGCAGAAUCGGCUUCAGAAGCUAAUGUCAACGAUGCGGUGGCUAAUGCCGAAGAAGCGGCUAAGUACGCCGAGGAUAUUGAACACGCCCGCGACGAAUUAUUUGCCCUCCACAAAAAGCACAAAAUCAAAUACAAUUAUGGUGACCUUGACGGCUUCCCUUCUUCUCAAGAAUUGCAUGUUCCUAGUGCUAAGUUCCAUGUGGAGAAUGCUGCGGUUCGUCCUAAUGGCAAAGUUGAUAUUGUUGGUGCGGAAGUUCUGGAAAUCUUUGACACCAACUCCAACGAAACCACUCCGGUUGACAUCGGUGGCAAGUACGUGUUUGACCUCGAAAACCCCGUGGUGGCUUCAGAGGAAUACAUCGAACACAACGACCACCAACUUCCAGUGCGCCACGUCUAUCAAGUGGUACGCCACCCCUCCAACAACGAUGUGUUUGUGGCAUUGAAUAACGACGCUGCCACGGUGGUAUACCAUGAUAAAUUGUUGCCUGACUCAUACAAGCCCAGUGCCGGCGAAUUAAAGUGUGGGGCGUUUCACGUUGACGGUGGUCUCUUCGCCCUCGGCUCUCUGCAGGGUAAAGUGGAUGUAUAUAACAACAUCUCCCACCUGCUAGCGAUGACCAUCAGCACCACUCAUUCGGAGGUGGUGGCCAUAAACUUUGGCAUGAACGGGUACUGGAUGUUUGCGUUACUGCGAAGUGAUGAUGCUAGUGCCAUUGACCUUGUUGAUCUUCGCAAGAAUAAGAUUGUUCAAACAUUCACCGUUGAUGGAUCGGCCCAGGGUUUGGCGAUUGAUGACUCGUGCCAGGUAUUGGUGGCAUUUGGCAGUGAAGGUAUCCAGGGCUGGCGCUAUAAUAAGAAGGCCAAGCUGUGGUCGGAGUCAUUCAAAAAUGAGAAUAGCUAUAAGACGAUUGGGUUUAGCAAAACGCGCUUGGUGGCGGUGAAAGAUGACGCCAGUAUCGAUAGCUACGAGUUGGCGGAAGCGCAACCAGACACGAAUUGA